CGCGCCUGCGCCGCGCCGCCAGGUCGGCCGCGGCCUCCAUCCGGGUACUCGCGGCCGGCCGGGCGGGGGGGGGGGCUCAUUGUGCGUGCCGCCGCCGCGCUCCCUCGCCCUAAGAUGGCCGCCGCCGCCUCCUCUCCCGCCGCCGCCGCGGGGGCUCCCGCGGCUCCCAGCGCCCCGGCGGCCGCGGCGCCGCCGCCCCCGCCGCCUCCCACCGAGAGCAAGAAGCUGGCGGAGCUGCGCGUCAUCGACCUCAAGUCGGAGCUGAAGCGGCGCAACCUGGACGUCACCGGCGUGAAGACGGUGCUCAUCUCCCGCCUCAAGCAGGCUAUUGAAGAGGAAGGAGGUGAUCCAGAUAAUAUUGAAAUAACUGUUUCAGCUGACACACCCACCAAGAAACCAACUAAAGGCAAAGGUAAAAAGCAGGAAGCUGAUGAAUCAACUGGUGAUGCUUCAGUUGAAGAGGAUUCCUUUGUCAAGGAAAGUGAAUUGGAGACUCAAGAUGCAAGUGAUCAAGAUGGAAAUGAUGAAUUAAAGGACUUUAAAGAAUCUGUUGAAGAUGAGAACUUGAAUUCUAAAGAACUCCCAUCAGCAGAAAAGAAAAGAUACCACAACUUGGAGCCAGCAGAGACAACAGAAGAUGUAGAAAAGGAUUCUGAAAGUCAGGAAAAUGAAGGUCAAGACAUUGAAGAUUACACUUUUGCAAGUGUCCAUGAUGGUGAAGAUGAAGAAAAUGAGAAAGAUAAAGCAGGUUCUGGUGAUGGUACACAAGAAGUAUCUAAACCUCUUCCUUCAGAAGAAAGCCUAGCUGAGGCUGAUCACACGGCUCACGAAGAGAUGGAAGCUAACACCUCUGUGAAAGAAGCUGAGGAUGAUAACAUAUCGGUUACAAUCCAGGCUGAAGAUGCCAUCACUCUGGAUUUUGAUGGUGAUGACCUCCUAGAAACAGGUAAAAAUGUGAAAAUUACAGAUUCUGAAGCAAGUAAGCCAAAGGACGGGCAGGAUACCAUUUCACAGAGCCUGGAGAAGGAAAGCAAGGACUAUGAGACGACUGAGAACCAUAAAGAUGGUAAGAAGGAAGACUGCGUGAAGGGUGAUCCUGUCAAGAAGGAAGCCAGAGAAAGUUCAAAGAAAGCAGAAUCUGGAGACAAAGAAAAGGAUACUUUGAAGAAAGGUCCCUCGUCUACUGGGGCCUCUGGUCAAGCAAAGAGCUCCACUAAGGAAUCUAAAGAAAGCAAGACAACAUCAAAGGAUGAUAAAGGAAGUGCAAGCAGUGUUAGUGGUAGCAGUGGAAGUUCAACUAGAAACCUGUGGGUUAGCGGACUCUCUUCCAACACAAAAGCUGCUGACUUGAAAAAUCUCUUUGGCAAAUAUGGAAAGGUACUUGGUGCAAAGGUGGUCACAAAUGCACGAAGCCCAGGGGCAAAAUGUUAUGGCAUAGUAACCAUGUCUUCAAGUACAGAAGUAGCUAGAUGUAUUGCACACCUUCAUCGAACAGAGCUGCAUGGACAACAAAUUUCUGUUGAGAAAGUGAAAGGUGAUCCCUCCAAAAAGGAGCUGAAGAAGGAAAGUGAUGAGAAAUCUAGUUCAGGUAGAAGCACGGGAGAUAAGAAAACGACAUCAAGUGAUAAAGCCAGCAAAACUCCAUCAACCAAAAAAGAAGAAAAGAAAUCUGAGAAAUCUGAAAAAAAAGAAAGUAAAGAAGCCAAGAAAACAGAAGGUAAAGAUGAGAAGAAUGAUAAUGGAGCAAGUGGCCCUAAUCAAGAAUCCACUAAAAAAACUGAAGAAAAGAAAAGAAUAAGUGGUAAAAGCCCAGGUCAAGUUGUAGUUCUAGACCAAACAAAAGGAGACCAAGGCCACACUAGGACAGUUAGACGGGGAAGAUUUGAAAAACCACAGAUAUUGAGGAACAAAGAGCGUAUUAUUCAAGAUAAAGUGAAAUUCAGGGAAUACAGGGGUAGAAAGGAUAUCUUGCCUUUUGAAAAGAUGAAGGAACAGAGAUUGCGAGAACACAUGGUUCGAUUGGAAAGAAUACGACGAGCUGUUGAACUCCGAAGGAGAAGAGAAAUUGCGGAGAGGGAGCGUCGUGAGAGAGAACGUAUACGAAUAAUGCAUGAACGAGAAGAAUGCUUGCAGAGGGAAAGAGAACGAUUAGAAAUUGAAAGGCAAAAACUAGAGAGGGAAAGGAUGGAACGUGAGCGUUUGGAAAGAGAGCGUGUUCGUAUUGAACAGGAACGUCGGAAAGAAGCAGAGCGUAUUGCUCGUGAAAGGGAAGAACUUCGUCGACAACAGCAACAACUUCGUUAUGAACAGGAAAAGAGGAAUUCUUUGAAACGUCCACGUGAUGUAGAUCACAGGAGAGAUGAUCCUUACUGGAAUGAAAAUAAGAAGAUGGCUCUUGAUACAGAUGCACGUUUUAGUCAUGGUUCAGACUACAGUCGCCAGCAGAACAGGUUUAAUGAUUUUGAUCACAGAGAACGGGGACGAUAUCCAGAAGGUUCUUCUGUUCCAUCAUCUUCUUUUGAUAGGCGAGAACGUUUUGUAAAUCAAGGUGAAGCAAAAAAGACUCGCCCAACAGCCCGAAGAGAAGAGCCAGGGUUUGAGAGAUAUCCUAAGAACUUCAGUGACUCUAGAAGAAAUGAACCACCACAACCAAGAAGUGAACUUCGAGAUACAGACAGACGGGAAGUGCGAGGAGACAGAGAUGAAAGAAGAACGGUGAUAAUUCAUGACAGACCUGAAAUACCACACGGUCGACAUCCAAGAGAGACUGGUUCAAAUCCACCUAGGCAAACAAAUUGGAAGAGUGAGGGAAGCAUAAGCACAGAUAAACGGGAUGGCAGCAACUUUUACAGAGGUGAGAGGCCAGACCGAUCAGGAAGAGAAGUGUCUGGACAUGUGAGAGGUGCACCUCCUGGUAGCCGUAGCAGUGCUUCUGGGUAUGGAGGCAGGGAAGGAGAACGAGGCGUGAUGGGAGAAAGAGGAGGUGGAGGACAACACUAUAAUGAGGACAGACAUGUUGUUGAACGCCAUAGUCGUGAAACUGGACCAAGGAAAGAAUGGCAUGGACCUAGUUCUCAAGGAAGUGGGUAUCAUGACACAAGGAGAAUGGGAGAUGGCCGUGGAGGAGGUGGCAUGAUGUCUCCACACACAAGUAACUCUUCACCAAUUAAUAGAGUUGUACAGAUCACAGGGAAUUCCAUGCAGAGGGGAAGUGGCUCAGGAUUUAAGCCGUUUAAAGGUGGACCUCCACGAAGAUUCUAAGAUCUACAGCUGCUUGGUUUCAAGAUAACUUAUUGAAAUCUCUUGUAAACUUUCUUUGAUUAAAAACAGGAAAUCUUGUCUGGAAGUCCUGGUUAAAUUUUUUUAAUUUAACAUGAUUACUUUCCUCUCAAUUUUGGAGGCAUUUUAAUAGUUACGUUGUAAUUUUGGAUAGUUUUUGUGUAUCUUUGAUAAGCAUUUUCCUUGAGGCACUAGAGCUGUAUAAAAACAAAUUGGAACCAAAAUAUUUGUUAAUCCUGUACAAAAACAAUAGUUUGCAGCUGUGUGCUAGUAGUUUUGAUUUACCAACAUUAGCUCUGUGGUGUCAUGCUUUAAAGUUAGCUACUUAUCACACCAUCAUACACAAUUAUAACCUCCAUUUUGAAGGUUAUCCAGGCUAUUCUCUCUGCUUUCUAAUUUGUAGAGAAAUAAGAUCGUUCUUUCAUUACCGGGUAUUAUGUAACCUAUUUUUGCAGAAGGUACUGUUACAUUGAGUGCAUUUAUGUGUAUUCUUGCAAAUGUAUUCUUUUGAAAUAAACCUUCAUAUUCUGUAUAGCUUCUAGUAAGUCUCUGAAACAGUCUUUUGGGAAGGAAGAGAAUAUUAAACUGACAUGUUAGUAUAGCAAAUCAAAAAAAGUAUUGACAGACCCUUCUGAAUAGCAUGAGCGUUUAAAGUUCCCAAACCAUUCUGUUGUAACAAAGACACUGUCAAGCUGCAGCUGUACUAUAUCAUAACAAUUUGGUUUCUAAUUGGCAAAAAUCUUUUGCAAAGGAUGUUUUACUUAUCCUUAAAGCAUGCCUAUUUUUAAAUAGAGAUCGACCCCAACAUACUUAUAUAGGAAUGUAUAUAUAAUAAAGGAGUAACUAAUCAUACAGUAGGACCUCCUCUACUACCUGGUACUAGUUCUACUAGAGACCAUAGCUAAAGAGCAUAGCAGAUGACAAUUACAGGUCUACCAACUAAAAUGUUUGCUUCAAAGUACAACUAAAAUGUUCAGCUGCUCAAAUUUCUUCUAACAAUAAGUAGGCUGUAGUCUACCUCAAAAAAGUACCUGCUUAUUUCAGCAACACUUUUCAACCCAAACCAUAGUUUGCAAAUACUCUUAAAUAUACUUCUCCUACAAUAGAUGAACUUUCAUGAAGAACUUUAGUUUUCAUAAGUGCAUUCAGUAGCACGAUUUAACAAAAUUAACCGCUAAGAGAAAAUAGGAUGUUUGUAUUUCAUACAAAUGUAUGGUAUCAUCUUACCAUUACCGUGACUUCAGUAGAGUGAGUCCUAGAGGUACUGACUAGUGAUUACCUUAUUCUGGUGGAUUAUAAAGGGCUUUAAGAAUAGUAUGAUUUCCAACAUCUAUGUAGACAAAAUACAGUGGUUUUACAUGAACAUCGUGUAACUGACUGUAAAAAGCUCCUACCUUCGUUGCCUCCUUAACUAUUAUUAAAUUGAAAACAGAAGUGCCUUCAAUAGCACCAGAAAGAUUAGUACCAAAAAAAAUGCUGAACUCUCAGGGGAGGCCUAAAGAAAUAUUUAUAGACUUUUGCUUUUUUCUGUAUAGCAAAGCUGUGGUAGAACGUUACCCUUAAUAGGGCCUGGAUACAGUUUACUUUAAUAUGGAUUACUAUAACUGAAUUAUAGUGGCUGAAGAGUCCUAAAUGCACCAUGUUGUUUCGGUAUACCAAUAAUUGCUCUUUUGUGUGGUGUCAAGCAGGAUGAUUUUUUCUUUUAUUUAAUGUUGAAUGGUUUUGGGCUUGGUAAAGAAAGGUUUAAUCUAUCAGCAAUAUUAGGUACAAGACACCUCUGUUACCUGAGCAGCAUGAGCAUAUGAUUACAACCUAGGUGUUUAAGAAGUUAAAAGCCAAUUAAUCCACUACACUGAAUUGUAUAUUUACAAAACUGGAUGCUGGACAGAAAUACAUAGUUUGCAAAUAAAACUUGAGAAGGGUUUAUAAAGAAGUAUUUGAAUAAAGGCUGAAAGCUUUUAUUGGUCCAGACUGUUUUAGAGAAGCAUCAAGUUCAGUUACAGAUCACGCUCAGUUACAGUCUGCUGUAUGGAGAAACUUAAGUAUCUGGAAUGUUCCAGAGGAAUGAAAUAAAAUGAGUUAAAUUGU